AUGUUUGCCAGAUCUUUCAUUACUAAAAGUUCUCUCUUGCGCCCCGCGUUCAAAACACAAUUUAACUUCCAAAGGUUCCUCUCUCAGGAGACCAAAAAAGCUAUUGAAGACGCUAUUUCAUCAGCACCAGUAGUGUUGUUCAUGAAAGGUACUCCAGAGUUCCCACAGUGUGGUUUCUCUAGGGCAACAAUAAACAUGUUGGGUCAGCAAGGUGUUGACCCAGUGAAGUUCGCUGCUUACAACGUAUUGGAAGACCCGGAAUUGCGUGAGGGUAUCAAGGAAUUCUCCGAAUGGCCAACUAUUCCUCAACUAUACGUAAACAAAGAAUUUAUCGGUGGUUGUGACAUUAUCAUGAACAUGGCACAAACCGGAGACUUAACAAAGCUGUUGGAGGACGCCGAUGCGUUAGUCCCAGAAGAAGAAGAGGAACAAGAAAAAUAA